AGAAAUGAAGAACAUUAUAUAGUUUGAUUUUAUAAAUUCCAUCGCAAAAUUUCCCCUGAUCUUUGGGUAAGCAGCCAUGAUUUUAUCUAUUUCGAUUCUAUAUUUCCAUUCGAAUCGGGCAAUUCCGAUUCUAACAAUGAUUAUGGCAAUAGUGAUGGCGGUUUAUUCCUUAGAUACCAACAAUGUGUUUGAUCCAUGUUCGGAUACAAAGGUUUUGAGAGGGGAUGGAUUUACAUUUGGACUCGCAUUUUCUUCAAAGGAAUCUUUCUUCUCUAACCAAAUUCAGCUUUCACCCUGCGAUACUCGCCUCUCCCUCCACGGAACUAAUGCUCAACUCGCUGUUUUUAGGCCAAAAGUCGACGAGCUCACAUUUCUCACUCUUAAUACCUCUGACUUUGAUCCGGCAAAAGCCGGGGGAUACAUGGUUGCAUUUGCUGGAAGACGAUAUGCAGCAAGAUCAAUCCCUACUUUAGUUGCGGAUAAAUCUAACAUCAUCACAAGUUUCACUUUGGUACUAGAAUUCAAAGAAGGAAGACUAGUUAACUUAUAUUGGAAGAAAUUUGGGUGUAAAUCGUGUGCAGAGAGAUCGGGCAUUUGCCUCGACAAUGAAGUAUGUGCUACACCCGUUUCAAAGUGCAAGACUAAUGGUGGCUCGGUGGAUUGUAGCAUUAGUGUGCAGCUAGCGUUUUCGGGCACAGAUAAGAUGUUAGAAGUUCUUAAUUCGUGGUAUGAGGUCGAAAAGCUUAGACAAUAUUCGCUAGUUGGUUUGUACGAAGGCAUCAAUGGCUUAAUUGGUUAAGACCAGGUCCAUAUAUAUCGAGAGACGUCUGGUUCGGUUAAUUUUAUAACUUGUACUUGUUUAUUAGAGUGGAAAAGAUAAAGUACAAAUUUAGUGUAAUUUAUCAUAAUGAUGCAUGAUUCUUGGGUUCUAAAUUUUACCGAAGGCAAAAAGUUGCAACAA